CACUCCGCUCCGGUGCCAAGUUUCUCUUCACAAACCAAAAGAUAACAAGAGCCGACUCGGUUAUUCUGGACGGGGAGAAGAGGAAAGCAGCGUGAUUCCAGGGAUAUUAAGUGUUUUCUCGGCUUCUUCUUCUUCUUCUUCUCCUCUCGGCUCCUAAUCCCGCGGAGUGUUGUUUGUACGCUUUGGGAUAUCAUGCGCCGUCUCCGUGCCUAGUGGGCUCCAUGGUUGUGAAGACAGAGCGCGGCAUUUAUGGACCCUUCAGGAGGGAUGUAGCGGAGGGUAAACCCACCUAACCCCACUUUAACCGCUUUUGCAUUUUGCAGGAAUAUAGUUUGCCAGCCUAUUUAGGGUUGGCAUAAAUCUUAAUGUGGUAAAUUCCGAGUAAAUAGUGUCAAAGUGGUGUAAGGUGCAUGGGAAAAUGGUCUUUUAAGGAAGCAAAGCGUAAAUAAACGCGUCAAGUCGUGUGACUGAUGGGUGAUUGUUUUCUUUUGGUGCUUUGCCUUACGAUGAUCCGCGCCUGGAGGUCAUACUGACGCUUUUCACACCACAUCACUGCCCCUCACACCAAUGAUGACUAUGAGCUCAAUGUCGGAUAGUUUGGUCCAGUCUGAUCCGUCCAAAUCGGCGUUUCUGGAGUUCGGCGGCCACGGAUACCCCGGACACGCCGGGCACCAGCAGCCCUCCCCCGGCUUGUCCCACAACCACUACCCGGUUCACGGCCUGCACGCUGUCGGACCCUCGCAGCACGACGGACCCUUCUCCUCCGGGGCGUCCUCGUACGGUCGCCCGCUGGGCUACCCGCCCUACCACAGCCCCGUGAGCGCGCACCAUCCCGGGGCCUACCUGCCCUAUCAGCACAGCGGUCACGGCGGCGCGCUUGGACACACCAGACUGGAGGAUGCGGAGCACGAGAAGCCCACAGCGGUGAUCGAGAACGGGGAGGUUCGGCUGAACGGGAAGGGGAAGAAGAUCAGGAAGCCCCGGACCAUCUACUCCAGUCUGCAGCUGCAGGCGCUCAACCAGCGCUUCCAGCAGACCCAGUACCUCGCCCUGCCGGAGAGGGCUGACCUGGCGGCCAAACUGGGCCUCACGCAAACCCAGGUGAAAAUAUGGUUCCAGAACAAACGAUCCAAAUACAAGAAGAUCAUGAAGAACGGGCCCUGCGGACCUGAGGGAGACCACCUUGCCCCCCCACCGUCGUCGUCCUCCUCUCCGUGCUCUCUGUGGGACAUCACCAUGGCCGGCAAAGGCGCGCCGGUGCACUCUGGAGGAUACAUGAACAAUUUCGGACACUGGUACCCGGGACACCAGCAGGACUCCAUGCCGAGGACUCAGAUGAUGUGACGGCUAUAGGAGGAAGCAGGGAGCAGCACAUCCGGGACAGUUUGUGGAUUUAUACCGCCAAGCCGACUGGAGUUUUAGUGAUGCAAAUAUUUAGCAGAGGAAGAGCGGCUCUAGAGGCACAAAUAAAGUCAUUAGAUGAAUUAUAUCGAAAUGGACGGAGCCAAAGAACUGCGGUUUUUCCAGGGGAAAAAAAAGAUCUUUUAACAUAACAUAUUGACU